UUCCUUUGAUUGCGAGAAGUUACUUCAAAAUUCGUCUUUCUGAGAAUCGGUUUGCGAAAUCUGGCGGGAAAAUGGAGCUGCUCAAAUUGUCUAAAUUCAGGCUCCAUCUUCGAAUCCUAGUCAACGAAGUUCGUGAACUCAGAGAAAGAGAGCAUUCUGCCACCGAUCAGCUUAACCGUUUAGUUGAGAAGCAGAAGCAAACGGAAGAAGAAUUUACCAGAAAGCUAACGGAAUUGCAAGCAGAGUUGUCUUCUUCCAAUGAACUUCGGCAUAAACUCGAACGGCAGGUAAGUUACCUUCAAAAUGACAAUGCUCUGCUCGAAAAUAAGCAAAAAGAGUUGAAAGCGAGCAUAAAUUGCUUCCUCCUGUCAAGGGAAAACUUUGUGAAAGCUUUUGAGGACUCUACUUGUGAAAUGAAACGAUCCAUUCAAACCAGAGAUAGAAAGGUUGCUAUCCUCUCUGAGAAGAUAAAUGCUCAUUUGUUACUGUUUGAUUCAAUAGAAAAGGAAGCUUUCUAUGUCAAACAAGUUUUGGAUAAUGUGCAAAGGCUUGUGAGGGAAAAAGAAGAAAUAGAGGCUGGCUUAAGGAGAAAAAUGGAUAAGGUUUGUGCUUAUGAGAAAGUCUUCAUUGAAAAAAUCUCUGACCUGGAAAGUAACCUGAGAAGGGAUGAGAAUGAACUUCGGAGAAAAGAGAGAAUAAUUUUAGAGCUUGAAGGACGGCUGGAGGAUACAAAAAUUAGUAGCAACUGCCAACAGCAAAUAGAAGACCUCCAGGAAACAUUAUCAGCAAAAGAUAUGGUCAUCCAGAAUUUACUAUCGGACAAGAAGGCACUGCAUUUGGAAUUGCGGAGUCUUGCAAUUAUCUUGAAGAAGAUUCAGGAUGCUGUGAAAAAUAUGAAUGAGGAGGAUAGAAAAGCAUUCUCCUCAGUAUUUGGAGGCCAAAAAGUGCAUUCUGAAAUCAAAGGAAGAGAAAAUGGCAGGAUAGAAGAUAUGUGUCAAAAUAUUGAAGAAAAUUUUCCAUGCGAGGCUUGUGAAGGAGACACUGCAGAGAAUACAGCUUCCUUGUGCCAGGAGCAUGAUUUAGUAAACUGCCCUUCACAAGGCAACACUAAUUUGGACUCCUGUAUCUCAGAGCCAAGUUCUUUAGAACAUCACUCUCCAGCAAAUGUCCCGAGGAUUUCUGCUACUGAAGUGAAGGAGAACGACACAGCAUCAGUUUACCAUCAAGAUUCAGAAGCCUCAGACAACCCAGGUGAAGAGCGAUCGAUCAGUCUGCUUUCUGAUGCCUGAAAACCCAUUUCCUUGUUACUAAUUUAGCCCUGAAUUCAGACAUUUUAUUUUCAUCACUCAUGCUUGGUGUGAGCUACCACCAAGAUUGAGGUCAAGUUCAUGAAUUUCUGGGGUUUUGUUUUGGAAUAGAAAAUAAGUAGAUGAAUAUAUUUUAAUCAUUCUCUUUAGCAGUUUUUGUAUAAUGGCUUGUAAAUUGAAUUUUGGGUCUAUGUUAAAACUAAGACAAGUUAUAGUAUAAAGUAUUUUUUAAA